UCGUCAUCAUCAUUUAGUGUUCUCAUUUCUCGCAGCACUCCAGCAUCCACUUAACGCCUCGAGCAAUUAGUUACGCUUGUUUAGUGAAUCCCAUCAGUCUUGACUCAAUUUCUUUUUUUUUUUUGUAUUUCUCUUAAGUGCCAGUUUCUGUUAUCUCUAAAAAUUGAAUUGAUAAAAUUAACGUAUAAGAAUAAUUUAAAAUUUGGAAAUAAUAAAAGUGAUAAUGCCGCGAAAAAGGAGAAUGUCAACAAGUUAUUUAGACGAGGAAGAUUAUUCUCUGGAUGAUAAAUACAGCAAAGAUGAUGGUGAAGUUCGUGCUCCAAGAAAUGCAGCAAAUGCACGGGAAAGAGCAAGAAUGAGGGUUUUGAGUAAAGCAUUUUGUCGUCUUAAAACGACUUUACCUUGGGUACCAGCUGAUACUAAACUCAGUAAAUUAGAUACACUUCGUUUGGCUGCUACUUACAUCGCUCAUUUACGUGCAGUUCUUCGUGAAGACAAUGAUAGUCAUUUAGAUUCAACGAAACCUUUAUCUUUGACUCUGUCAUGGCCUUUCGCUUAUCAAAAUAAUAAUUCGUCUUCAGUUAUCGUCAACACAAAUUGCACAGUAUCAUCAACAUCUGAAACGUCACAUUUCAAUCAAUAUUGUCUUCGUUCGCAACAUGAAUCAAAUGAUGGACGUUACCAGAAUUUGUCUAAUCGACAUAAUCAUGAGCCACAUCAAAUUUACUAUUAAUUACAUAAUUACAUAUUAAUUAUCUCGUGUGUGUGUUUUUUUUUCGUUUUAAUAACUAAUAUAUUUUGAAACUUAUUUAUUAAUCUUUUAUAUGAAUUUCAUGAAAGUUAACUAGUCGAAUUAUAUAUAUAUAUAUAUAUAUAUAUAUUUAUUAUAUAUAAUUUAAAAAUAAUGUUUUUUACUAUACAUAUUUUUAUUUAAUGUAAUAAUUGACAUCCGGUUGAAAACGGAAGUACUAAAGGAUCUGUUGUAGAUAAAGAUUGACAGAAGGAUCAAAAAGACUAAGUUAAAUAAACAUAGAAAAGAGCCUUUCUGUAAAAUUGAAUGUAAAAACAAUAUAUCAUCUUCCAAAAACAAGCAUAACAGUA